CAAAAAGACAAUCAAACACUUCCAAGUAAAAAAGAACAAAUCUCUCACGGACUCUCAAAACUGGUCAAACAAACAAAAAGAACCCUAAGAACUUGAGAUGAAAGGCGGCCAAUCGAAAGCAGAAGCAACGAGCACAGAUCAAAGACUCAAAACCAGAGGAAGGAAGAAGAAGACGGCGACGAAGGACCCAAACAAACCUAAGAGACCUCCAAGCGCUUUCUUCGUCUUCUUAGAUAAUUUUCGACGGGAGUUCAAAGAGGCGAACCCUAACAACAAGUCCGUAGCCGCCGUUGGGAAGGCUGCUGGAGCCAAGUGGAAGUCUAUGAGUGAAGAAGAGAAAGCUCCUUAUGCUACCAAGGCAGAGACCAGGAAGAGUGAAUAUAAUAAGAGUAUGCAACAGUACAACAUGAAACUGGCUAAUGGAACCAGUAGAGGUGAAGAUGAUGAGUCCAAGUCUGAAGUUGACGAAGCUGGAGGAGCAAGCGAAGAGGAGGAAGAAGACGAUGAUUAAGGAGGCUUUCUCGUCUAGGUUACUGCCAUUGACUGACUCAGAUUUGUGGAUGGGAUUAGUAAUUUAAAUGUGUCCCAAAAAAAACUGAAAAACUGGUUAUGCUUUGUGUUUGUAAUAUUAAGAACCUCAGUUGCUGCUUCUUCGUGUUUAGUUCAGUUGUAUGGUCGGAUAGGAUCACUUGGAUGCUAUGUCUCCUUAUUACCUUCUGUGUUUAUUAAGGAUUUAUUUGAUGAGUGGUAUAUGGAUUUAUUUAAA